ACAAAGUUGACCAAACUUUAUGAGGCUUGACUUUAGUCAAAUCUUAUAUGCGAACUAAAAAGGACCGGAGGGAGUACUUGGACUUUCCGGCCACAAGUUCAGUAGUAUUGGAAGCCUUGGGACCUCUCAAGUCUGCAUCUGGUGACUUUGUAGCUCUCAAAUUCAAGGAUGUUGUCCGGCAUGAGCAUGAGCUUCUCCAAAUGCCCCUCUGAGUGAUCAGAUGUGUUUUUAUGAGUAGCGACCUGGUUGUCCCUUCGGAAUAUUAUGUUUACAGCUUUUUGCUCAAGUGGGUCUCAGAGAACUACCCUGAUCUGAGUCACAGAACGGUUGUCUUCCGCAAAGUGUUGUUACAUCUUGUCAGGUUCAUGCAUAUGUCACUUGAAGGGCUAAUGCAGUUUGCUGGUUGCCCUCUAAUGGCUGACAAAGCGCAAGUGAUGACCAUGAUUGUCAAUGCAUUGCUGUUCAAGAUUAACAAUUCAUGCCGCCGAGUUCGCCAGUGGAAUUAUGAGCCUAGGGUCUAUCUGACCAAACCAGUGAAUGUUUCAGUUCUUCAUCCAUAUGCUGAAGCUGUAGCCUACAUGGACUUGAAUUUGGAUGACUGCUCUCGAAUGAGUACACCAGGGAAUACAAGCUACAUCAAUUCAGAGCUGUUCACCUUUGCUGGAUAUAGGUUCUUUCUGAAGGUCGUUUGUAGGAUGGAUCCAGCUUCCAAUGUGCCCACAACACUUGGUUUAUUUGUUGGUACUAAUCAUACGAGCCAACCACCAGUUAAUCUAAAUCUUUCCUUUGCUGUGAGGCAAAGGCCUUCCGGAGAUUUCGUCCAUAAGUUCACAUUUAAUCAGACUUUUGCAAGUGGCAACACAUUUGGAUUGGUGGAUCUGCUCUUGUGCCCGUGGUCGCAGCUAGUUAGUGAUGGGAGCAUCUAUCUUAUAGAUGGCAGAAUCCACUUGCGAGUCCAACUGAGGACUGAAGCUGGGUAGGUAGUCAUCACAUUAGGCAAAAUGGUGUAUCCCAGGUGGUCUUGGAUUGGGAAAAAAAAAUUG